CACGCAAACUGUUGGCACGUAGUGAGUGAGCAACGCACACAUUAAGAUGAGGAUGUCCCCACUCUACUCUCUGCUGCUGGCGCUGUCUGCAGUGAGCGCCCAGAAGGACCCCAACGUCGCCGAGAAUACAAGUGCAAUCGUUCAUCUGUUCGAAUGGAAGUUCGAUGACGUAGCGGCAGAAUGCGAGCGGUUCCUAUCCCCGCAGGGCUACGCCGGGGUGCAGCUUUCACCAGUCAAUGAGGUGAUAAAACCAAAUGUCAAUGAUCGCUCAUGGUGGGAGAGGUACCAGCCCAUCUCCUACAAUAUCAUCAGUCGUUCUGGAAACGAGGAUGCCUUCAAGAGCAUGGUUCAUAGAUGUAACAACGUCAAUGUCAGGAUCUAUGUGGAUGUAGUCCUGAAUCACAUGACCUCUAAUUGGGGUGAUGCUCUAGGGACAGGUAAUAGCAGGGCCUUCACAGAUGACUCUGUGUACCCAGCUGUCCCUUAUGGGCCCGCUGACUUCCAUCAACCAACCUGCAUCAUCGCCAGCAGUGAUUACGGAAACAACGCCACUGCCGUCAGAGACUGUGAGCUGAGUGGGUUACAUGACCUCAAUCAGACCUCGCCCUACGUCAGAGAGCAGAUCAUAAGUUUCUUGAACAAACUUGUGGAUGCAGGAGUGGCAGGCUUCAGAGUGGAUGCUGCCAAGCACAUGUGGCCAGAGGACCUACAGUACAUCUACAGCCAGAUCAAGGACCUCAGCACCCUCCAUGGGUUUGCACCCCAAACAAGGCCGUUCAUCUACCAAGAAGUCAUCGACUACGGAAGCGAGGCUGUUAAGAGCGGAGAAUACUCUGAUCUUGGCAGGGUGACCGAGUUCAACUACGGCACUUACUUGGGGAAGGGAUUUUCUGGAGAUUACCCCAUCAGUCAUUUCCACAACUUUGGAUCAGACUGGGGGAUGCUGGAUGAUGGUGAUGCUCUUGUGUUUGUGGAUAACCAUGACAACCAACGUGGUUCAGGUGGAGGAGGAGCCAACAUCCUCACCUACAAGCAGUCCAAACUCUACAAGAUGGCAGUGUCAUUCAUGUUAUCAUGGCCUUAUGGGUACCCACGUGUAAUGUCCAGCUACUAUUUUGAUACCCAUGACCAAGGGCCUCCACAAGACUCAGACCAGAACAUUCUUUCUCCUACAAUAAGUGCAGAUGGAACAUGUGGGAACGGCUGGGUGUGUGAGCAUCGGUGGAGACAGAUCUACAACAUGGUGGCCUUCAGAAACGUGGUCAAAGGAACACCAGUGACAAACUGGUGGGACAAUGGAAGCCAACAGAUUGCCUACAGCAGGGGAAACCUCGGCUUUGUCGCUUUCAACGACCAGUACAACACUGAUCUCAAGCAGACAAUACAGACAAGUCUACCUGCUGGGACUUAUUGUGACAUAAUCUCUGGAGAGAAGCAGGGCAGUUCCUGCACUGGCAAGAGUGUUACAGUCGACACAGAUGGGAAGGCAUACGUCGAGAUCCUAUAUUCAGAAGAAGAUGGAGUCCUGGCCAUCACAGUGGCGUCAAAGUUGUGAAACCUGAAACUGCUGUCCAGUCUACAGAAAGUUUCCAGAAGAGGUUCUGAAACUGUUAAAACUACAGCAAAACAAUUCUGUACAGAUAAGCCUGAAGUUAGUGCAGCAGCACCAAUUUAUUGCACUAGCGGCAAUACAAACACCUUUCGUCAUAAAACAGAAGCGUAUUCACUUAUUCCGGGGUUCAUAUAUUUUCUCUCUCCCCACAAACAUUUCUCUAUGGACAUAAAAAUACAUGAAUACCUUUUCUGAAAAUAUAAGUCCUCUCGAGAAUUUUUGCAACACACGCCCCUUCCUUGAACGGACACACGGCACAAAGCACAAAGUGUUUCUCAAAUUAUUUCCCUACUGAUAUCUUGAGCACUCUUUAGAAAAUGACAUUCGUCACGCGCAAAACCCUGAAGCAUAACGCCCAUAAAUUUUUUUAAUCUCUGAAUCUGCCUUAAAAUAAAAAGCCUCAAUUACACAUUUUUUGGUAAAUUCUUUAAGAUUUCAUGUGUGCCCAAGGUAUUCACCAACCACAAUUCUGGAACUGUGGGUUCAUCUGAGUUCUUCUCAAUAUUAAUUUUAAUAUCAGCUUUCCAAAACAUAGCACAUCUUUACUUCUGUAAGCGUUUAUCGCUUCUCUAUUUGUGUCACAUGUGUGGCUCGCUUCAUGUGCUUUCAUUCAAUUCUUUGUUCUUUGUAACGCAGUCACAGACCAAAUCUGGAUAACAAUAAAGAUAAAUAUGAUGAUAAAUAAUA